AUGAAGGUUCUUUUUGCAUUUUUUGUAAUUAUUUCUUUGGCUAAUGGACAAUAUUUCUACGACCCGGACAAUUCGGAUUCUGGGAUCUCCUUUGUGAGGGUCAGGGUUACCCCACGGUAAGUUUUAUUCAUAUUUUCAUCAAAAAUACAGUAACUUUUUUGGCUGUUUUAAAUAAUUUCAGGGGUCGAAAAGUUUGGGUGAUGGGUCGACCGGUCGAACAGACCUAUAACAGCAAUUACUAUGGCUAUGGGACCACGGGUACUAACUAUUACCCUUAUUACAAUUACUACAACAACAACAAUCGUCAAUGGCCUUACAAUUACAACACCAAUUCAAAUCCUAAUUACAAUGGCUACGAUUAUAACACAAAUACCUACAGUAAUAACAAUGCUUAUGCCAAUUAUUACAACAACAAUUUGUAUAACUACUACAACAGAGGUUACAACUACAAUUCCUACGGAACAGGAUAUCAGAAUGGUAACAAUAAUUAUUACUACGCUAAUAGUAAUGGAUAUUAUGGGAGAAAAAAAUAAAUAAAUGAUAUCUUUGAGUAAAUUGGUUACCUAUUUUAACGCUAAAAAAACCACAGAAAAAAAUCGUGGUAUGGUAAGUGCAUAAUCAUUCUAAUCAACUGUACAUGAUCCUUCAAGUUGCAAACUAGUUGUUUGUUGUUGCUUUAAUUAGAUCACAUUCCUUCAGCAAAUAAAAAAACUAAGAAAACUUCCUGAUGUCUUCAGUGUAAUGUUGUAGAUAAGAAAUAGCCAUUCAUUGUUUUUUACUUGAUUCGCAAAAUUUUUCAACAUUCUGAGCUCUAUUUUUCCAAGAAAUAGAAGAAUUUGUCGACAAAUUAGAAGAAAAAACUUCUGAUGACGCAAAAAAAUGGUAAGUCAAGGUUAUGUGGGUCAGAAAGAAGAAAACAUUGCCGAUCGCCGUUAAAAAUUACUGCAAAAUAAAGAUUUGAAAGGUUUUGUAAAUACUUUUAGCGGCAGAAAGUUUAUUCGCAGUAUUUGAAGAUAAAUACCGCUAAAAAUGAAAUUAAAGUCAUCCCUGACUAUUCUAAUAUUGCUAGCCUGUCUGAAAUACUAUUUAAUCUCCGCCCAAGGCUUUCAACUCGUCGACGAUGGAUCUGCCUCAGAAGCUGGGAUUGGAGGAGUUGCUGUUUUGAGUGGAACUUAUUACAAUUGGAAUAAUUACAACCAUAAUCCCGGUUACCGAGGCUAUUAUAAUAAGGGAUAUGGAUAUUACACUGGUUAG